UCUAGGAACCCAACCAGCUGCAGAGAGGCAGGUGAUCGAUGGGAGUCCUUGAAAAACACAAGUAAAAGUUUGUGCUCGUGUCCCCACCGUAGCGGGCAAAAGCUUGAAGGCAUCACUUGUUUAGAAUAAGAACAAGAGAUAAAAGGAGGGAAGGAAGCAAUAGGCGCUAAAAAAGUAAAAGGAAAGAGAAAAAGAAAUGGAGGUACCGACUAAUUCCUGCAUGUAUGGGCGCAGCAGUGACGGGCUGAUGGGAUUUUCCGACGGUGGUAGCGCCAAAACCAGCAGUACUACCUCCACAACCCCGCCGAUAAUGAUGUCUCUCAUGACCAGACGUGGUGGUGGUGGUGGUGGUGGAAGUGACCGGCUUGACAGCAGCAUUCCACAGCCUAACAGCAGCAGCAGCAGCAACAACAACUCCACCUCCAGCGGCAGCAUCAUGGGCGGAAGCCAUGCACCGCCGCCGCUGCUUUCUUCUCCGAGCAACGGCUUCCUCCUCCCCCCUUCUUCUUCUUCGUCCUCCGCCUCCUCUCCCCACUUUCUUCUCCUCCCUCCUCCGGCGCCGUCCCACGACGACCAGAACUGCUAUGCCAUGGACGACAGCACCGGCUCCCUGAAGGCCAAGAUCAUGGCCCACCCUCACUACCCACGUCUCUUAACAGCUUAUGCCAAUUGCCAUAAGGUGGGUGCUCCGCCGGAGGUGAUAGCGCAAUUGGAAGAGGCGUGCGCGUCGGAGCAAGCGGCGAGCGCCGGCAGGGAGGGAGGCAGUAUGGGCUGCAUCGGCGAGGACCCGGCGCUUGACCAGUUCAUGGAGGCCUACUGCGAGAUGCUCACCAAGUAUGAGCAGGAGCUUACCAAGCCCUUCAAGGAAGCCAUGCUCUUCAUCAAUAAGAUUGAGUCUCAGUUCAAGGCCCUCACGCUGUCGUCCUCCCAGCCUGCAGGUUUUAGUGAAGGAGUUGACAGGAACAUGUCUGAAGAUGAGGUUGAUGCAAGUGAAAACCAGAUCGAUCCCCAGGCUGAGGAUAGGGAGCUCAAGGACCAGCUGCUGAAAAGAUACAGCGGGUACCUUGGCAGCCUAAAGCAGGAAUUUCUCAAGAAGAGGAAGAAGGGGAAGCUGCCAAAGGAGGCAAGGCAGCAGUUACUUGACUGGUGGGGCAGGCACUACAAGUGGCCAUAUCCGUCGGAAUCGCAGAAGCUGGCCUUGGCAGAAUCCACAGGACUUGAUCAGAAGCAGAUUAACAACUGGUUCAUCAAUCAGCGGAAGCGGCACUGGCGGCCUUCAGAAGAGAUGCAACUUGUGGUGAUGGAUGCUUCUCAUCCUCAUUACUACAUGGAUGAUAUGGCUGCUCACCAUUUCCCCAUGGAUUGCAGUCCCAUGCUUCUCUGAUGUGUGCCAAGGUUGUUCCAGCAGAUGGAACGGGAUAUCUUCUCUUGGACUAUACUGUCUUGGCUUCAGUUUUACCUGCUUUGCAUUAGAAACUCGCUAUUGCCACACUUUAAGCUAUACACAUUUCUGUUUAGGGAACUUGGUUUUCUUGCGCUCUCUGUUCAUAUGCCCAUGGGCUAUGGUUGUCGCAUUUUCAGAUUCUGAUUGUUGCUUCUUGUCUCUUGUCCGGGCAUGCUUGUGCAUGGACGAGUAGUUGCAAUACCAAGAACUCAUCCGGACGAUACUACCAAUAGUGGCGGUAUCUGUGGGCUAUUUCUAGUCCG